AUGUUCAAGAGCGGUCUUGCCCGGUCCUUCGGGAGGGUUGCCCGUCCGGCUCCCAUCGCCCGCGCCUUCCAGCCUCUCCGCUCCUCUGCCCUGCCGGCUCUCUCUGCCCGCUUCGCCAGCUCCGAUGCUGGUCAGACUGGCAAGGUCCACCAGGUCAUUGGUGCCGUCGUUGACUUGAAGUUCACCGGCGAGAAGCUCCCUGCCAUCUACAACGCCAUUGAGACCACAAACAACGGCCAGAAGCUCGUCCUUGAGGUUGCUCAACAUCUUGGUGAGGGUGUCGUCCGUACUAUUGCCAUGGACGGUACCGAGGGUCUCUCCCGUGGUGUCCUUGCCACCGACACUGGUGCCCCCAUCACCAUCCCCGUCGGUCCCGCCACCCUGGGCCGUAUCAUCAACGUCACUGGUGACCCCAUUGACGAGCGUGGUCCCGUCAAGGCCACCAAGUUCGCUCCCAUCCACGCCGAUCCUCCCCCAUUCGUCGACCAGUCCACCGAGGCUGAGAUUCUCGUCACCGGUAUCAAGGUUGUCGACCUUCUCGCCCCCUACGCCCGUGGUGGUAAGAUUGGUCUGUUCGGUGGUGCCGGUGUCGGUAAGACCGUGUUCAUUCAGGAGCUGAUUAACAACAUUGCCAAGGCCCACGGUGGUUACUCCGUUUUCUGUGGUGUCGGUGAGCGUACCCGUGAGGGUAACGAUCUGUACCACGAGAUGCAGGAGACCGGUGUCAUCCAGCUUGAUGGUGACUCCAAGGUCGCUCUGGUCUUCGGUCAGAUGAACGAGCCCCCAGGUGCCCGUGCCCGUGUUGCCCUGACUGGUCUCACCAUCGCCGAGUACUUCCGUGACGAGGAGGGUCAGGAUGUGCUGCUCUUCAUUGACAACAUUUUCCGUUUCACCCAGGCCGGUUCCGAGGUGUCUGCCCUUCUGGGUCGUAUCCCCUCUGCUGUCGGUUACCAGCCCACCCUGGCUGUUGACAUGGGUGUCAUGCAGGAGCGUAUCACUACCACCCAGAAGGGUUCUAUCACCUCCGUCCAGGCCGUCUACGUGCCCGCUGACGAUUUGACUGACCCUGCCCCUGCCACCACCUUCGCUCACUUGGACGCCACCACUGUCCUGUCCCGUGGUAUCUCCGAGUUGGGUAUCUACCCCGCUGUCGACCCUCUCGACUCCAAGUCCCGUAUGCUCGACCCCCGUAUCAUCGGUGACGAGCACUACGACACCGCCACCCGUGUCCAGCAGAUGCUCCAGGAGUACAAGUCCCUCCAGGAUAUCAUUGCCAUUCUUGGUAUGGACGAGUUGUCUGAGGCUGACAAGCUCACCGUCGAGCGUGCCCGUAAGCUCCAGCGUUUCCUGUCCCAGCCCUUCGCCGUCGCCCAGGUCUUCACUGGUAUCGAGGGUACCCUCGUCGACCUGAAGGACACCAUCAGCUCCUUCAAGGCUAUCAUUGCUGGUGAGGGUGACGACCUUCCCGAGAACGCCUUCUACAUGGUUGGCGACUUCCAGUCCGCCCGCGCCAAGGGUGAGAAGAUUCUGGCUGAGCUCGAGGGCAGCGCCUAG